AGAGAGGAGGAGGAGGAGGAAGAGGAGGCUGCCUUGGCUCGUGCCGCGCUCUGCCUCCGCCUUUCCUCCUCCUGCUCCUCCUCCGCUUCUCGCGCCCUCCCGCCUCCUUUUCCCUCAGUGCUCCGCGGGCAGAGCCAGAGGAAAGAAGAAGGGGCAUCUCUCUCACUCGGGGUUGCGGGAGGAGGAGGAGGAGGAGGAAGCCCACGCCUUGCAGUAACAUCCACCUGAGAAGAAUUCAAAGGCGGGGUACCUCUUAGCCAAGGCUUGGAGGCGGGCGGGCUUUCCUCGCCCACCUCCCAGCGAAGGCGGCUUCUUUCCCUCCCUCAGAAGCAACUUCGCCAAGAGAGGAGUGAAGCAUCGCAAGGCAGCGCUGGCUCUUUCCCUCCUCAUAACAAAACAAACAAAAACAGGGCUCUCUUUCCCCCGCUUUUCUGGAGACAUGGGGGAGGUUCGGUUUCGUCGAAAGUUUUGAGGGUUUGUUUGGUUUUUUGGAGGGAAAACGUGGAAGGGACAAACUCUUAAGUUCUUGCCCCGCUUUUUGAUUCUUAGGCUCCCUUUUUUUGGUAAGUAAAAGGCGAUGUCGUCUGCUCCCCGCGAGUUGGACUCUGAGGCGGUGGAGAACUUCCUGGACAGGCACCCGGAGUUGGUGGAGAAGUGGCUGAAGAAGAAGCAGAAGGAGGCGCUGCUGCUCGGGAGCAAAGAGGCCGAGGAGAGGAGGUCCAGCAGCAAAAGCCUCAACGGAGGGUCCGCUCCAGCGGCGCCUCUCAGCGGGGGGCUGUCCACGUCGUGGUCCGAGGAGGGCGGGGCUCUGCACCGUCGCGCCUCGCAGAAGGAGCUCCGCCGGAGCUUCGCGCGCUCCAAGGCCAUCCCGGUGAACCGGACCUACGAGGAGCCCGGGCGGGCGCGGGCGCAGGAGCCCUCUUUGCGGAGCGCGCGGCGCCGGGCCCUCCUGCGCAAGGCCAGCUCGCUCCCGCCCACCACGGCCCACAUCCUCAGCGCCCUGCUCGAGUCGCGGGUCAACCCGCCCGCCUGCCCGCCCACCGCCCUCGACUACAAGCGCCAGCUCAAGCAGCACAACGAGCGGCAGUUCUUCCUCGAGCUGGUCAAGGACAUCUCCAACGAGCUCGACCUCCGCGCCCUCAGCUACAAGGUCCUCAUCUUCGUCUGCCUCCUCGUCGACGCCGACCGAGGCUCCCUCUUCCUCGUCGAAGCCGCCGCGGGCAAGAAGAGCCUCGUCUCCAAGGUCUUCGACGUCCACGCCGGGACCCCGCUGCUCCCCUGCUGCUGCUGCGGGGGCGGCCCCGAGGACGCCGACGAGGUCCAGGUGCCCUGGGGAAAGGGCAUCAUCGGAUACGUGGCCGAGCACGGGCAGACCGUCAACCUCCCCGACGCCUACCAGGAUCGUCGCUUCAAUGAUGAGAUUGACAAGUUAACAGGAUACAAGACCAAGUCCUUGCUUUGUAUGCCCAUAAGAAACAGUGAUGGUGAGAUUAUUGGAGUUGCACAAGCAAUCAAUAAAACUCCUGGAGGUGCUCCUUUCACUGAUGAUGAUGAAAAAGUAAUGGAAAUGUAUCUUCCAUUUUGUGGUAUUGCCAUCUCCAACGCUCAGCUGUUUGCUGCUUCCAGAAAGGAAUAUGAUAGAAGCAGGGCCUUGUUGGAGGUGGUUAAUGAUCUCUUCGAAGAACAGACAGACUUAGAGAAAAUUGUGAAGAAAAUUAUGCAUCGAGCACAGACUCUGUUAAAGUGUGAGCGCUGCUCAGUAUUGCUUCUUGAAGACAUUGAAUCACCAGUGGUGAAAUUUACCAAAUCCUUUGAGCUGAUGUCUCCAAAAUGCAGUGCAGAUGCAGAUAAUAGCUUCAAAGACAGUUUGGAGAAAACAUCUUCAUCCUAUUCAGACUGGCUAGUAAAUAAUAGCAUUGCUGAACUCGUAGCCUCCACGGGCCUCCCAGUGAACAUCAGUGAUGCAUAUCAGGAUCCUCGUUUUGAUGCAGAAGCUGAUCAAAUUUCUGGUUUUCAUAUAAGAUCUGUUCUUUGUGUCCCUAUAUGGAACAGCAGUCACCAGAUUAUUGGUGUAGCUCAAGUACUGAAUAGGCUGGAUGGAAAACCUUUUGAUGAUGCCGAUCAGCGACUUUUCGAGGCUUUUGUUAUAUUUUGUGGCUUGGGCAUCAACAAUACUAUAAUGUAUGACCAAGUGAAGAAAUCCUGGGCAAAGCAAUCUGUUGCUCUUGAUGUGCUGUCUUACCAUGCAACGUGCUCAAAGACAGAAGUUGAUAAAUUCAAGGCAGCAAACCUUCCACUUGUGACAGAGCUUGGCAUAGACGACAUCCAUUUUGAUGACUUCUCCCUCGACAUGGACGCAAUGAUAACGGCAGCCCUGCGGAUGUUCAUGGAGCUUGGAAUGGUUCAGAAAUUUAAAAUUGACUAUGAGACGCUGUGUAGGUGGCUUUUGACAGUGAGGAAGAAUUAUCGAAUGGUACUCUAUCACAACUGGAGGCAUGCUUUCAAUGUUUGCCAGCUAAUGUUUGCCAUGUUAACUACCGCAGGCUUUCAGGAGAUUCUGACAGAAAUUGAAAUUUUGGCCUUGAUUGUGGGAUGUUUAUGCCAUGACCUUGACCACAGGGGGACCAACAAUGCCUUUCAAGCCAAGAUCGGAUCUGCUUUGGCUCAGCUCUAUGGGACUUCUGCUACUCUGGAGCACCAUCAUUUUAAUCAUGCUGUCAUGAUUAUUCAGAGUGAGGGUCACAACAUCUUUGCUAACUUGUCCUCCAAGGAUUACAGUGACCUUAUGCAGCUCCUGAAGAAGUCAAUAUUGGCAACAGACCUCACUCUCUAUUUUGAGAAGAGAGCUGAGUUUUUUGAACUUGUCAACAAAGGUGACUACAACUGGAACAUUAAAUCUCAGCGAGAGAUAUUCCGAUCAAUGCUAAUGACAGCCUGCGACCUUGGAGCUGCAACCAAACCGUGGGAGAUUUCAAGACAGGUAGCUGAACUGGUAACCAGCGAGUUCUUUGAGCAAGGAGAUAGAGAAAGAUCGGAGCUCAAACUUACACCUUCUGCUAUUUUUGAUCGGAACAGGAAAGAUGAACUGCCUCGAUUGCAGCUGGAAUGGAUUGAUAGCAUCUGCAUGCCUCUCUAUCAGGUUUUGGUAAAAGUGAAUGGAAAACUGAAACCCAUGCUGGAUUCAGUGGUGGUCAAUAGAAGGAACUGGGAGGAACUGCACCAAAAGAGACUGCUUUCCAAGGCAGCAGCAGAAACUGAACCAACAAAAUCCUCCUCCUCGCCCUCUUCCUCCCAAUUUGCCAAGUGUCCAAAGGACAUAAAUUAAGUCAGCAUCUGUUUCGUGCUGCUUGCAUAAGACUCUUCAGAAAGCUGGCAAAAGCUAAGUCUCAUAUAUUUCACCAAACAAAAAGAAAUCUUUUCUCACAAACAUGCUUAAUGGGAUGGUCUGGCUUUUCACUAGAAGCUUCCUUGGUUUUUGAAGUUUUGCAGUCUGACUGCAUAGUUUCUGCAGUAAGAUGAAAAGCUCGGUGAAGUCUGUGUUUGAUUGGCUUUUUUAACUGCUGCUGUGGACACUGACAAACACAGUCACAAAGGACUGACAUAACUGGAGUUUGCAUCUAUUGAAAACAUGAUUGAAAUCCUGCCCCCCAUCAAGACAUCUAUAAGGUUAUACGGAGGGCACAAGAGAGAACAUAGUAUAAUAAUAACCUGGGUUUGCAUAGCUCCAGUAUUUGCUAAUAUGCACCCGUUACACCUGCUUUUGUGAAGUUUAUCCUUUCAGUCUUUUUUCUUUUAUGCUGUAAUGUUCAGGGAAGCCUGCUUUGCAUUCUCCCGACACAUUUUUUAAAACAACAAAGCUUCUUAUGAUUGAUCAGGGUUUUUAGAAUUGCUUAUCUUUGCUAAAAGUAAGUGGGGGGAAUUUAACUUUAUUACAUUUAAAACUAUCAACCUGCUCUGGCUUCCUUACGAGUUUCAUAUUAGCAAUGCAGCUUGAAUUGCUCUGCAGGCAGAAGCUUAUGUAAAGGUAAAAUUUCUGCAUGGUAAUUUGGGUUCUUUUAGGAUUUGGUUUUAAGCAUUUUGAAAGCUGCUUUGCACACCUAAGAAGAGAACCAAUGAUAUUUCAUGAAAAUGACAUAAUAAAAAUGAAAUAUGUUGCCUUCUGGGAGAGAAUUUGCACUAUAGGAUAUGAA